AUGAGAAGAAUUUUGUGCUACACUUUAAUCCUCGAUUUGACCCUAAUGGAGUCAAGCGCAAGUUAA